AGCUGACAAUUUAGUAUACGUGUACCCCUAGCAACGUAACUAAUUAAGUUCUAACAGAAGAAUAUUUUUGCCAACAAAGAGUAUUUUACCUGAUAUAAUGGUUGAAAACGAUACAGACGUUAUUUGUGAUACGAAAUCCAGACAAAAGUCGUUGCUCGAACGAUAUGAUAUACCGGUUGAGCAUCUUUCGUACGAAUAUAUUUCCGAAUGUACAAACGCAAAAAAGUUGGAGCGCAUAGUAACUAUACUGCGUUCCGGUGAAGAAGGAUACUAUCCAGAUUUAAAAAAACAUGCAGAACAACGUUUGGCUGUUAUUAAACCAACGAGUAUAAUUUUAAGAAAGUCCGAACCCAUUCUUAAACGUGAUAUGCUAGAACCAAACGAAUGUAAGCAAAUUGAUAAAGACAUUAACGAUUGGAUGUCGGAAAUGCAAAUUCGGGAAAAAGAUUUGGAAGAAGGGAAAUCCAUAAUAAUAGAUUCUCUUCCCCAACCAGAUAUCAGACAAUUUAAAGAAGAAUCUGCAAAAAAAAAUCCUGUAACAAACUCGAAAGGUACUGAAAACAAACGAACUGCUUUUUGCGAUUAUUCUGCUUGGGAUAAAUACGAUGUUGACACUGAAUUAAACAAAAUAGACAUUAGAGUUGAACAAGAAAAGGCUGAAGCAAAAAGAUUUCAACAAAAACAGAAAGAAAUUGUUGACAAACGGAAACUUCAAAAACAAACUAUUAUCAAUAAAUCGGCACUAACAGGAACGGAAGUGGAUGUGAUGGCUGAACAGGAAAGGGAAAAGGGAAAUGAAGCAUUCAGAGUUGGAGAUUACAAGGAAGCUUUAAAGCAUUAUAAUACUAGCAUAAAAAUGAAUUCGAACAUAAUUACGUACAAUAACCGCGCAAUGACAUAUAUUAAACUUCAACGAUACGAAAAUGCUCUUACCGAUUGUAAUAUGGUACUUAGCGUAGAAUAUACAAAUAUCAAGGCCCUUCUUCGACGAGCUGUAUCUUUAGAACAUCUUGGAAAAUCAUCUCAGGCAUUGGCAGAUUAUGAAGCUGCUUUAACAUUAGAACCUACGAAUGCAGUGGCGAUUGCGGGUGUAAAAAAAUUACGGAAACCUUGCGAAUCUAGAAAAGUAAGAAUGACUAUCAAAGAAGAACAAAAGGAAGAUAUAAAUAAAAAAUCAAAAUUUAAUGAAAUGGAAGAGAAAAGAAAUUACUUCUCACAAUUUGAAUCGAGAUUGAAUUUAUCGAGCUGUAUAUGCUAUUGUGACAAGGCACCGGGUCCGUCACAAAAUUUAAGACCAAGGCCACAUAUUAAAGCUGAGUACUGCUUCGAGGACGAUAAUAAAAAAAUGGCAAAAAAUGUUAUUUCAAAGAAACCUGAAAGUGACAAAAAAGUGAUCAAAACAAACACUGAACUGACUGGAAGUUCAGUUUCUUCUUCUAACAAGCCUAAUAAUUCCACAAAUAUAUAUAAAUUAUGCCAAGAAAAAAAUAAUUCUUCAAGCAUGAAACCGAAAUCAAUUUUUUCUUUUACAAGACCUUCUAAACGCACUAAUUCAGUUAUUAUUGAAGAAUUACCUAGUGAAUCUAGUAAUAAUAACUACGUAAAUGUUGAAUCCAAACCAAAAGGAACGAUUGUAAAUGAGAACAAUACAAAAGUUGCAAGCAAAAACAAAACAUCCGACAACAAACAAGUGGAAUUAUCAAAUGUUAAAAAUCUAAAUAAAUCUACCGAACGAAAUUGUAAUUUGAAUGAAAAAUGUCAAACGAUGUCAUCACCUAGGGAAAUACAAGUGACAGAUAAAUAUAAAAAUAUAACUUCUAAGUCGGAAAAAUAUAUUCCAAAGGAUUUCCAAAAUAUCGAAAACGGGUACGAAUUUAUGCGUGUAUGGCGAUCAUUGCAAAAUGAUACUGAUUUCGAAGUGUACGCACAAUUACUAAGAUCAUUGGAUAUUAACAAAUUAAAUUCAGCUAAUGAAUUGGAUGGAAAUAUGUUCAGUAUCAUUUUACAUUGUUUGGAACAAUAUUUUUGCACAUCUAAUGAUGUGGAACUCUUGAAUAAUUUUUUGAAAUCAUUUAGUCAAAUGAAACGCUUUUCAAUUGUAAAUAUGUUUAUGAGUGCUGAAGAUAAACAAGUUGUUAAAAACAUACUGAAUUUCUUAGAAGAACAAGGAACGUCAGAUGUUUCGUCAUUACGACAAAUUUAUUGUAUCUAA